CAUUGCAGUGCGUUGCUCGUCCUUGCCAGCUUGCUAGGCGGUCGCUUUUCUUCCCCUUUCAUCACUCACCUUUUCCAUUCCCGUUGUCUCUGCGAAAGCUCCCUUCUUUGGCAUCGCUCCUGUGGCCGACUGCUCAUUUCGGUAGACUGCCUCAUCCAAGGUGGACCCCCUUGCACCACCGUCUGCUCCUCGCCUUCGCUUCAAAGGCUUCCAACGGGAGGCCCAACCGCCAUUUGCUUGUCCGCUCUUCAUCGAGCCGGUCGAAGCCCAGCAUCAGCAUCAGCGUCAGCAUCUUCAUUUCGCCCCCUCUUUCACUUCUUCUCUUCACUACCACUUCUCUCACGACCACAGCACGCCACCAUCUGACGAUUCGACGACAGGAUCAAGGCGUUACCGGACGCUCGCUUUGAAAUCGCCGGUUGCGCUGUCAUUGUCCUACCCCUACAUCUUCGUCCGCCAUGGCAGGCUCAUCGUCGAUGCCAGCGGAGCAAUUGACGCACCUGACGUCGCUCUCGUCCCUCAGCGUCGACACCAUCUUCUCCACUCUUCGUGACCGCUUCUUUGCUGGCCUCCCCUACACGUCCCUCUCCGACUCUGUCCUCGUCUCUGUCAAUCCCUUCGCCACCAGCGGUAACCGCAAUAGCGACGAUGCCCUCCGCGAGUAUACUAAACAGUACCGCGAGACGAAUCGCGCCGCUCGAGGAGCUCCGUUACCACCUCACGUCUUCCAGCUGGCCUGUGACGCCUACUUCUACAUGCAGAGAACGGGGCAAGACCAGAUCGUCCUUCUCGCAGGCGAGACGUCUUCGGGCAAGAGCGAGCUCCGUCGUCUGGCCACCCGCAUUCUCAUCGACCUUAGCGCUGCAGCACCGGGCAAGAAGGGAUGGAAGCUAGCAUCACAGAUCCCCUCGGGCGACUAUCUGCUUGAGUCCUUUGGCAACGCCGCAACCCUCGAGAAUGCCAAUGCCUCUCGCUUUGGCAAGUACUCGGAGCUGCAGUUCAACGAGGCAGGCAGGCUCGUAGGAUCAAAAACGCUCGACUACUACCUCGAGCGCAGCCGCCUCACAGGCGCUGGAGGUAGCGACCAAACCUUCCACGCCUUCUAUGCUCUCGUCGCGGGAGCAUCGGCGGAGGAGAAGACGCACCUCAAGAUCCAAGACGGCGCCGACUUUCGCUACCUAGGCGGGUUGCGACACAAGGGGGCUGUGCGAGAGGACGCUCUUCGAUUCCAGCGCAUGAAGCAGGCCUUCAAAAACAUCGGUCUCUCGCAGCGUCACGUCGCUUCCAUCUGUCAGGUCCUCGCUGCCAUUCUCCAUCUCGGCAACCUCGACUUCUCGCAAGACCAUCACCGUACGCAGGAUGCGGUCUCGAUCCGCAAUCAAGAAGUCCUCGAGAAUGCUGCUGGCUUCCUCGGUGUACCGCCCAAGGAUCUCGAGGAGUCCAUUGUCCUCAAGACAAAGCUCAUCCGCAGCGAGGUCUGCACCAUCGUCCUCGAUGCAGAUGGCGCUGCCGCCAACCGAGACGAGCUUGCAAAGACGCUCUACUCUCUUCUCUUUGCCUGGCUCAACGAGCAUCUGAAUCAGAAGCUCUGCAAGGACACCUUCGAGACGUAUAUCGGCAUCCUCGACCUGCCUGGCCCACAGAGCGCAGCAAAGGGCGGCAACUCUCUCGAUCAAUUCUGCGUCAACUUUGCAAACGAGCGACUGCAUCGCUGGAUGCUAGCCUCCGUCUUUGAGAAGCGUCGCGACGAAUACGCAGAUGAGGGCAUCUCGCACCUUUCUCCUGACGUGCCCUUCUUUGACAAUGCAGACUGUGUGCGACUCUUCAUCAACCAGCCAGGAGGACUCGUCCACAUCAUGGAUGACCAGGCGCGAAGAAUGCCCAAGAAGUCGGACCAUACCAUGGUCGAGGCGUUCGGCAAACGAUGGGGCAACCACCCCAAUUUCAAGGUCGGCGCGGCGGAUCGCAGCGGCUUUGCAUCGUUCACCGUCACCCACUUCCAUGGUCCUGUCUCGUACAGCAGCGAAGGGUGGCUCGACCGCAAUUCAGAUGUCGUUAGCCCCGACUUUGUGUCGCUCCUGCGUGGCUCCACCGACGCUAAUGGCGACAGACGACCCUCUGAUGCCACACUGCUCAACAAUGGCUCUGCCGACGUGUCUGCAGGGUCGACUGUACCCUUCGUUCGCAGCCUCUUCAAGAGCGACGCUCUCAAGACGCAAGCGCAUCCAAAGGACGACCACACUGUCGUUGCAGCUCAGCAGUCAGCGAAGCCCAUGCGUGCACCCUCAACCCGCAGGCCCAACCGCGCCACCAGUAUCAAACGCGUGGGGACGAAGCGCAGCGCCGCAACGUCUUCUGCUGCCGCCAAUGAGGAUUCGGAUGACGAGCAGCACGACGGCAAGAAGGCAGCAGUCACGGGAGUGGCAGGCGAGUUUCGCAGUGCGCUUGACACGCUCUUCAAGACGAUGGACGAGGCCAAAGCCUGGACGAUCCUCUGUCUGCGUCCCAACGACAAUCAGAUGCCCAACCAAUUCGAGGCGCGUAUCGUCAAGCAGCAGAUCAAGACUUAUUGCCUUACCGAGAUGGCUCGCAAGCUCGUCAACGAGUACAGCGUCUCGAUGACGCACGAGGAGUUCUGCGAACGGUACGCCGACAAUCCGUCACUCAAUGCUGUCAGCAUGAAAGCGGCCACGGGAGGCUACGCCAAGCAGAAGUUCGCCGCUGCCAAAGAGGUCAUGAGCUGGACGGACGCAGAGGCUGCCAGUGGCCGUCUGAAGAUCUUCCUCUCGCACACAGCCUUCCGCGAGCUGGAAGACGAGCUUCGCGCCGUCGAUCCUGAAGAGCAGGCUGCCAACGAGCGCAAAGCUCAGCUUGACGCCGAGGCGGCUGCAAAGGGCGCCAACGACCCCUUUUCGCCCUUUGGUGCCCUCUCAGGUGACAAUACCAAUGAUCCCGAAUCACCGCAGCAACUCUUUGGACUCGGCGACCCCUUCAAGGAGAUGUCGAGCUCAGCGCUGCCCCUCGUCGGUGGAGCUGAGACGCCUGGCUUCACGGGCGAUGACAACAAGAGCAUGAUGAGCGAGUGGGCAGCACCCAAUCUCAACUUCACGCAUCAACGCAACGACUCCGUGGCCCCUUCUGAGGCCUAUGCCCCCUCACGCAACAUGUUCGCCGGAAGUGGCGCUCGCGGCAUCGAUGAGAAGAGGCAGAGUGGUGGUCUAGAAGCGGGCGGCUUUUCUGGCGCAGGCAACAAUGGGGAGGUGGCCGAAGAAGUCGGCGAAUCAGGCUCUCGUCGUCGCUGGGUCGCCUGGACAUGGAUGCUUACCUUCUGGGUCCCCUCCUUCAUGCUCUCCCGUGCUGGCUCGAUGAAGCGCCCCGAUAUUCGCAUGGCCUGGAGGGAGAAGCUCGCCAUCAACAUCAUGAUUUGGUUCAUCUGCGGCUGCGCCGUCUUUGUCAUCGCUGUCCUGGGCAACGUCAUCUGCCCGAAGGAGUACGUAUACACACCCUCGGAGCUGGCGAAUCACAAGAGCGACGAUCAAGCUUUCACUGCCAUUCGAGGCGAGGUAUUUGACCUCACGAACGUCAUCAAGACGCAUCGCAGCGUCAUCCCCGUCGUGAGCGCCGAUCGUCUCAACGCUUACGCAGGCACGGACUCGACGUCCCUCUUCCCUGUCCAGGUCAACGCGCUCUGCAACGGAGUCGACGGCAGCGUCAGCCCAUGGGUGCAGCUCUCUGGCGGCAACACGACAGACGCCAAUGCGCAGUACCACGACUUCCGCUCAUUCCAUACUGAGGAUGCUCGCCCUGACUGGUACUACCAGUCGAUGUGGCUCAUGAGGAGCAAUUUCCGAGUCGGCUUCAUCGGCUACGACCCUUCCGCGAUCUCGGAUUUGCUCGACGACGGGCGCGCCGUUGCCGUCUAUCGUGGAGGUGUGUACGAUGUAACCGACUACGUCAAGCAAGGCAACAAGGGCGUCAUCACCGCUCCCGAGGGCACGCAAGCGCCCGCCGACACGAAUGCUGCCUUCAUGUCUGGGCCCAUCAUCGAUCUCAUUGUCCAGAAUCCGGGCAAGGACAUCACGCAGCAACUCGACUCUCUGCCCCUCGGCAACGACGUUCUCGACCGCCAACGCGUGUGCCUGCGCAACCUCUUCUACAUCGGCAAGCCCGACGGGCGCAACUCCCCUCGCUGCCAGUUCUCGAGGUACAUUCUCCUCGCUCUGUCCAUCGUCAUGGUCUCGAUCAUCGGCUUCAAGUUCCUGGCAGCCCUGCAGUUCUCCCGCAUCCGCAAGCCGGAAGACCAUGACCGCUUCGUCAUCUGUCAGGUGCCGUGCUACACCGAGGGAGAAGAGUCCAUGCGCAAGACCAUUGACUCGCUCGCUGCGCUCAAGUACGACGACAAGCGCAAACUCCUCUUCAUCAUCUGCGACGGCAUGAUCGUUGGAUCGGGCAAUGAUCGUCCUACCCCGCGCAUCGUGCUCGACAUCCUGGGGGUAGACCCUAAUCUCGACCCAGAGCCGCUAAGCUUCCAGUCCAUCGGCGAGGGAAGCAAGCAGCACAACCUGGCCAAAGUGUACAGCGGUCUCUACGAGUACUCGGGGCACGUCGUGCCUUAUGUCGUUGUUGUAAAGGUCGGCAAGCCAACGGAGCGUUCUCGCCCCGGUAACAGAGGCAAGCGUGACUCCCAGCUGGUGCUGAUGCACUUCCUCAACAAGGUCCACUUUGGCUCGGCGAUGAACCCCAUGGAGCUGGAGAUCUAUCACCAGAUCAAGAAUAUCAUUGGCGUUAAUCCCAGCUUCUACGAGUAUCUGCUGCAGGUGGACGCUGAUACCACGGUGGACCCGUACUGUCUCGGCCAUUUCGUCUCCUCUUUCAUCAACGACAAGAAGAUCAUCGGACUCUGUGGAGAGACCGCCCUUUCCAACGCCAAGCAGAGCUUCGUGACCAUGCUCCAGGUCUACGAGUACUACAUUUCGCAUUACCUCGUCAAGGCCUUCGAGAGUCUCUUCGGCUCAGUCACCUGCUUGCCCGGUUGUUUCUCAAUGUUCAGGCUCAGGACGCCCGACACGCACCGUCCUCUCUUCAUCGCCAAUCGCGUCGUGGACGACUACUCCGAGAAUCGUGUCGACACGCUCCACACCAAGAACCUGUUGUCCCUCGGAGAGGAUCGCUACCUGACCACACUCGUCCUCAAGCACUUUGGCGACUACAAGACGACCUUCGUCCGCGCAGGCAAAGCCAAGACGUCCGCUCCCGACGACAUGGGCGUCCUCCUUUCGCAGCGUCGUCGCUGGAUCAACUCUACAAUCCACAACCUCGUCGAGCUUAUCAAGACGCCCGGACUGUGCGGGUUCUGCCUCUUCUCGAUGCGCUUCAUCGUCUUCAUCGACUUGCUAUCGACGAUCAUUGCCCCCGUCACCGUGGCUUACAUCGUCUAUCUCAUCGUCCUCGUCUCCACCACCGACCAGACGGUACCCGUCACCUCGCUGAUCAUGCUCGCCGCAAUCUACGGUCUGCAAGCGCUUAUCUUCAUUCUCAACCGCAAGUUCGAGAUGGUAGGCUGGAUGAUCAUCUACAUCAUCGGCAUCCCUAUUUGGAGCUUCUUCCUGCCCCUCUACUCCUUCUGGCACAUGGAUGACUUCUCCUGGGGUAACACGCGCGUCGUCCGCGGUGAAAAGGGCCAGCGUGUCCUUCUCCAUGACGAAGGCAAGUUCGACCCCUCAGAGAUUCCCCUCCGAACGUGGGAAGACUACGAGAACGACCUGUGGGAGAAGAACUCGGCCCGCUCCAUUGGCGAGAUCUUGAUGUCCGCGCAGCACAAGAAAUCGUACGACGCUGCGUCGAUGUACAGCCGCAGCGGAAUGGGCGGCAACAGGAGUGGGCCGGGGUCUCAGUACGAGCCCAGCCUGUACGGGCAGACGCCGAUGCUGCCUCGCUCGACGAGCUUCGCGAACAGUAUCGGCGGACAGAGCGGCUACUUCGGAGGGGCAGAUCCGAGGCAGAGCACCUUCUCCCUCGGAGGCAUGCCGGGAGCAGGGUACGGCACGCCCGCCGCAUCUAUGUACGGCUUCCCUCAGCAGCAGCAGCAGCAACAGCCAGGCUACUUUACCGGCACGCCGUCCAUGUACGGUGCACCCCAAGGCGGCUUCAUGAGCCCGAGCAGCUCGAUGCCCAUGAUGGCCAGCGGAAGCGGCAGCAACAACAACGCCUUCGCCACGCCGCGCCAAUCAAUGGGUAGCAUCGGCAACCUCAUAGACGCUAGCACCCCUUCGCCGAGUCGCUCCGCUGCUGGAACACCAGCUGGAGUCGCUCCUCGCACCCGCGUCGGCCCACCCUCGGACGCAGAGAUCGCCAGCGACCUUCGCUCCCUGAUCGCGAAUGCAGACCUGAAUACGCUAUCGAGAAAGGCGCUCCGUGAACAGCUGCAGGCCAGGUAUGGUCCUUCAGUGGACUUGGGCGAGAAGAAGGACUUUAUCAAGGAGACGAUUGCGAGGAUUCUGGAGGAAGGAGGGGAGUAAGUGCGCCCAUCCGCUGGACCUCGCACCCUCAGCAACAACGAAUCAUCACGGACUCUCACGCACCACGUCCUCACAAUACAUGCCCGUCAGCUUUACCUUUCUCUACACGUUCCCCAUCUCUCAGCAUCACUCUCGCACAUCCUUGUAUCUCUGCUCCGACCCGAUUUUCCGCUCUCUACAUUCCUUUACGAAUCUGGAAAUACAUCGCUUGUUUCGCACCAGCCCCUAA